AGGGUACUUAACCACUUAGCCAAAUCCACAGCCCUAAACAUAAAGUUGUUUAAGGCCUCCAUAAGUUGCCAUAGCUGGCUUUGAACUUGUCCUCCUGAGUCACUGAGAAAUUAUUAAAUCUUUUUUUGAGAAUCAGUUUCCACAUCUGUGUAAUGGAGGAGAAACAUUUCAUGAGUGACUAUAUAUAAAGUGUCCAAUAUAGUGACAGGCACAGAAUGAAGGCUUGAAAGAAUGUAGCUAUUCACACACUGACAUUUCCUUCCCCACUUCUACUGUCAUGUAGGGUGCAGUGAAGUUUCAUUUCUAUCUUGUUGCCAGAAGACACUGUAUAGACAGCUGGGGAACAGGUCUACAGGGGUAAAUGAAAUUCUGGGAGGUUAAAGGAAGGAGGAGAUGAGCAGAGAAGGAAGACGAAAGUGUGAAUGCUGGGACUGAGGAGGUAGUUUAGAGAUGGACAAGUGGGUAGUUCUCAAAUAUUUGGAGAGAAGAGUGUGAAGUACCAAGGAGAGGGAAGAGUCUGCAGGGUGGGGAAGGGUGAGAAGUCGGUGGUGGGGAGACCCAGGACUGAGGAAGUAAACAAGGGGAGUGCUACCUCAGAGGUGGAGGGUGAUGCUGCUGGGAAUCAACCCCCUCAGACUUUCCACUGCAAAGCGAAACCAUAAGCCCCGGGGUGUGGGGGGCGGGCAAUGGGGAGGGUGGAGGGAAAGCAGAAGGACAGGGGCCAGGGCCCUGGGAGCAGUAGAACAACAUCCCAGCUCAAGACAGCCACCUUGCCUCUGCUCUGCCCUCUGCUACUCACAGCCUAGUCCCUGGGGUGUACCACCCCUGCCUUAUCUGGCCAUCUUUCUCCUUGAAAUUCAGCCUAUUGGUCCUCCUUCUUUCCAGGCCUCCCUCUUGGUUGUCUCCUUUCCUCUAGAUUUCCUCCCUCUACCUUUCUUCUUGAGGAAUUUCUCUUCUAUUCCUCAGACCCCCACUCCCUUUUCUGACCUCCUUUUUUUGGAGGGUUCAGCUCAGCCCAGGCCAUAGGGGAGAUGUGGGAGGCUCAGUUCCUGGGUUUGCUGCUUCUGCAACUGCUGUGGGUGGCUCCAGCGGAGGCUCCAGACCCUGGGCAAGAGGUCCUGGUGGUGUGGGCUCAGGAGGGGACUCCUGCUCACCUUCCUUGCAGACUUACAAUCCCCUUCCAAAAUCCUGGUCUUCUCCGGAGAGGAGUUGUCACCUGGCAGCAUCAACCAGACAGUGACCCGCCUGCUCCCACCCUAAGCCGUCCCUUGUCUAAAAGCUUCGCCCCCGUGGCGCCCCAACGCUACACGUUGCUGAGUGUGGCUCCAGGAGGCCUGCGCAGCGGGAGGCUGCCCCUGCAGCCCCGCUUCCAGCUGGAGGAACGCGGCCUCCAGCGCGGGGACUUCUCACUGUGGCUGCGUCCUGUUCUGCUUUCCGACGCUGGCGAGUACCACGCUGCAGUGCGCCUCAAGGACCGCACCCUGGCCUGCCGGCUCCGUCUACGUGUGGGCCAGGCCUCUAUGACUGCUAGCCCCACAGGAUCUCUCAGGACCUCAGAUUGGGUCAUUUUGAACUGCUCUUUCAGUCGUCCUGACCGCCCAGCUUCUGUGCGCUGGUUCCGAGGCCAAAGCCAAGUCCCUGUCCAGAAGUCCCCCCAUCACCAUUUAGCUGAAAGCUUCCUCUUUCUGCCCCAAGUCAGCCCCUUGGACUCUGGGACCUGGGGAUGUAUCAUUACCUACAGUGAUGGCUUUAAUGUCUCCAUCAUGUACAACCUCACAGUUCUGGGCCUUGAGCCCCCAGUGCCCUUGACAGUGUAUGCUGGAGCAGGUUCAAGGGCUGAGCUUCCUUGCCAUCUGCCUCCUGGUGUGGGAACCCAGUCUUCCCUCAUUGCCAAGUGGUCCCCUCCUGGGGAAGGCCCUGACCUCCUGGUGGCUGGAGACAAUGGCAACUUCACUCUUCAUCUAGAGGCUGUGAGCCUGGCCCAGGCUGGGACCUACACCUGCCACAUCCAUCUACAGGGGCAGCAGCUCCGUGCUACCAUCACUUUGGCAGUCAUCACAGUGACUCCUAAACUCUUUGGGUUGCCUGGCUCCCUGGGGAAACUGCUAUGUGAGGUGACUCCAGCAUCAGGACAUGAGCGCUUUGUAUGGAACCCUCUGGACAGGAGGUCCAGGAGUUCCCCAGGACCCUGGUUGGAGAUGCAAGAGGCCAGGCUCCUUUCCCAAUCCUGGCAAUGCCAACUUUACCAAGGAGAGAGGCUUCUCGGAGCAGUGGUGUACAUCCCAGAGCUGUCUUCAACAGGUGCCCAACGCUCUGGGAGAGCCCCAGUUACCCUCAAGGCAGGCCAUCUCUCUCUCCUCAUCCUUGGUGCCCUCUCAUUGCUCCUUUUGGUGACUGGAGCCCUUGGCUUUCACCGUUGGAGAAGACAGUGGAGACCCAGAAGAUUUUCUGCCUUAGAGCAUGGGAUUCACCCUCCUCAGUCUCAAAGCAAAAUAGAGGAACCUGAGCAAGAACCAGAAAUGGAGCUGGAGCCAGAGACACAGCCGGAGCCGGAGCCGGAGCCAGAGCAGGAGCCAGAGCCUGAACUGGAGCUGGAGUCAGAGCUGGAGCCAAGACACCUCUGACCUGGGGCUGAGGCAACCAGCAGAUCUCAGCAGCUCAGUCCAAAUAAAUCCCCUGUCAGCAGCAA